AGACUGAAAACCAUUCGACAUCCAGGGAUCAUCCGUUUUAUUGACGGCGUCGUUGACGAGAGUUGCGUAAUCUAUGUCACGGAGAAUGUCGUACCCCUUAAGCAGGUCUUGAUGGAGAUGCCAGGGGAAGAGAUCUGCAUGGGACUCUUCAACCUGAUCAAAACGAUCGAGUUCCUCCACUCCGAGAUGCUCUCCCACAACAACAUCCAGCUCGACUCGGUCUUUGUCACAGACUCUGCAAACGGCCGUCGAUGGGUCCUCGGCGGAAUGGAAUACCUAACCUCACUCAUCUCCGAACUCAUCCAACUCAAACUCCUGUCGCCGGACAGUGAUACGGGACAUCAGGACGGCACGGAUCUUGUGGAUUGGACUGGCUUGCAUGCGAUUGCGGAUGCGUUGGCGAGUGCGAACCCGACGGAGAGGAAGAGGGCCAGUGAAGUGGUGCGGAGUGAGUGGUUUGAGGGAAAUCCGAUCAUCAAUGUUGUGGAGAACUUUUUGAAGGAGAUUAGGGUUGUGCCGGUUGAGGUGAAGAAGGAGCGGUUCAGACAUCUGCCAACAGAGCUCCGAGCCCUACCCCUCAACACAACCAUCUCCUACGUCCUUCCCCUCGUUCUAACCCCCGAAUUCGCAUCCGAGCCCGGCGCUCAAGGACUGUACGAACAACUCUUCACACCCCUGCACUAUGUGGAUGGGACCGAUCAUCACUCUGAGGAACCGCAGGGGUUGCUCCCAAUUGAAACGUACAAGGAAACGGUUUUACCGUUUAUUGUACGGCUGUGGAGGAGCAGGAGUUAUAGCGCGAGGAUGUUGGUUUUGGAUCUGUUUGAAUGCUACUUCACCCACCUCCUAACCCAACAGCCAACCAACCUCGAAUCCCUCCUCAUCCCCGAACUUAUCCUCGGCCUCGACGAAGCAGACGACGCAGUCUACCUCCUCUCGCUC